GUUGCAACGUGUAAGUCGUCCCUCCCGUUCCCCCGAGUUCAACCUCGACCACCUAUUGGGUCUUUACUCCCACUAUACCCUUCAAAAAAUCUUGAAACUGUCUCCAUAGGUCAGAAAAAACCUAUAACGCACCUAAAAUCCUGUUUUGUUGACGUAGUCCACUACUCAGCCCAAUCAUGCUCAGUCGUUCCUUACCGUCAGCUUCCAGUACUACCGAACCUGGUUCUGACACCACCUACCACCGUCCUUCCCCCCGUUCAUCCCCACGAUUCUCCCCGUACCCAUCUCAACCUUCAUCCACCGAUGACUCUGACACUCCUCAGUACAAACGCCGCACCGGUUCACGCGGUAAAAAGGGUCGUGGUCCCCGCGAAAAACCCCCUGGUGUUCACUCGUGUGCCAACUGCCAGGCUACUUCUUCACCUGAAUGGCGUCGAGGCCCUAGUGGGAACAAGGAUCUUUGUAACGCUUGUGGCCUUCGAUAUGCCACUUCCAAGAAGAAAGGUGGUUCCAAUUACGACUUCCCUACUCCCGCCGCUACCGCUACUCGCAUCUUAGUCAAGAGCAUACGUGACCAAAACUCGCACUCUCACGAGAACCAGAGAAAGUCGUGUAGUAAUUGUAUGACAACCACCAGUCCAGAGUGGAGGAAAGGUCCAACGGGGGAAAAGGAUUUGUGUAAUGCAUGUGGCCUCAGAUUCGCACGCAAAGGCAACUUCAUCUCGUCCUCAACAGACUCUGCGGGUUCUCCAACUGCCUGCUGCAUAUCAUGCAGAACCACUACAACUCCUGAAUGGCGUAGAGGUCCUAGUGGAAACAAGGAUCUCUGUAAUGCCUGUGGCCUACGGUACGCACGAACAGGGCAUCUCUCCCCAGGUGCCUCUUCCUCUUCAAGCUCUUCGAAUUCGUCAGCGGCACCUUCCGAUGACGACCCCGAGUCUCAAUCUGACGACCCUGAAUCCGACUCCGAGUAUGAAGCAUCUCAGUACUCUCAAUAUGGUCCUCCUUCCCGACCCCAAAUCGAACAAACCUUGAUAUCGUUAUUUUAUCACUCCACACCUGCCAGUAUAUUCCCCACGCAGAAAUUGAUACAUGAGUGGGCAAGGGCACUGCAAGUGAACGUUGGAUGGGUAGUUUCGUGGGUACGCAGGGAGCAGGAGAAGAUUUGGACUGUCGCCGUUGAAGGAUUUGAUGGCAUCCAGGGGGUGGCGCAGUCAUAGAACGGGAAAAACCUUAGUCAGAUCCAGAACGGUUGAAGGCUUUGUCGUGGCAGGACAGAUGAAAUGAUAUUACCCCGCCUCGUAUUGGAUUGGAUGGAUUGGAUUGGAUGGUCGAACUAUAUUAUCUUAGAGCUUUUUUGUGCCGUCUUCUCUUCUCGCUUUCUACCUAUUUUUUUCUUUGCUCUUUCUCUAUGCUGUCGUUUCUGUUUCUUGUAUAUGCUUUGUUUUUCCCCCUCAUCGAUCUACCCCUCCCUCGACUCCCUCGACUCCUUUUACUCGAUAUCCUCCACCUCGCGCUCCCUCCUUCCCCCUUAUCUCUUUCGUUUCACAAAUCCUGGAACCCUCCUGCUUACUUGUACAUACCACUGUUCUCCUUCUAAUUCCGCUGGCCCCCUGCAGGUUUGCAUCUAUUCUGGAUUACGUAUAUCUUCCUUUUACUUAUAUCUCUCUAUCCCCCACCCACCUGUUAACCUGUUAAUCGUACGUAUUAUAAUACAUCUUCGUAUGUAUAACUUUCUUUCCCAAAUCGUACCAAUCUGGCGUGGAUUUUAUAACUCACGCCGAUUGUUGUCGACAAUACGUACACCUGUUUGUUUGAACACUUGUUGAAUCUAGCUGAAGUUCUACCCCGC